GCGCUGCCACCCGCUGUCCCCGUAGCUCCGUCUGGUGGCCCUGAACGCGCCCCUCUCCGGGGACAUGAGCGGCAUCCGCGGCGCCGACCUGCAGUGCUACCGGCAGUCACAGGAGGCCCGGCUCUACGGCACUUUCCGGGCGUUCCUGUCGGCUCCCAGCCAGGACCUGGCCUCCAUCGUCAAGAGGACGGACAGGACCCUCCCCAUCGUCAACCUGAAGGGCCAGCUGCUGGCUCGCUCCUGGAGCUCCCUCCUGCAGAGCCAGGCUGGAGCGGCCCCGCGGAGCCCCAUCUACACCUUCAAUGGGCGCGACGUGCUGACGGAUGCCCUCUGGCCCCGCAGGCUGGCAUGGCACGGAUCCACGCUGCGGGGCGGCCACGCUCAGCGCCGGGACUGCCAGG